AUGUAUGAUAGUACGAAGGAUCCACACGAGCAUAUUGCAGCGUUCGAGAUGGUGAUGAAUUUAUACGGACAGCCAGGUCCCAUCAUGGCAAAGUUGUUCACCACCACACUUUCAGGGAAGACACAAGAAUGGUUUACCAGUUUGCCCCGAGAGAGUAUUGAAUCAUAUGAACAAUUCGUGCAGAAAUUUUCCUUUCAUUUUGCGAGCAAGAAAAAACAGAAGAGGUCGGCAACCCACCUAUUCAACAUCCGUCAGAGGGAGGACGAGACCCUGAGGAACUUCAUGGGGGGAUUCAAUAAUGAAACGUUGGAGGUUCAAGAGCUAAGAAUCAACAUGAUCGUGAGCAUUCUGAUACAUGGUCUGAAGAACGGUGCAUUUACAUCUGCGCUCGCGCGCGAUCCCCUGGGUGAUGUGGAGCAGCUAAUGGCUUUAGCUCAGAAAUAUAUAGACGAGGAAGAAAUGAACGCAAUGAAGGAUUUUGAGAGAAGAGAGCGCGAGCAAGCAUACAGACAAUCGCGAGACGUUAGAGAAGGCGGUGGAAGUAGGGCCAAGAAUGACAGACCCAAAGAGCCGAAGUACCAGCCCAAAUACCACAACUACACUCCAUUGGCUAUGUCGCGUGAAAAAAUCUUGAUGAUGGUCGAAAAUGCAGAUGCGUUGAAGUGGCCAAGGCACACCAGGGGACACAAUAUGGAGGAAUUCUUUCAGCUAAAGGAUGAGAUAGAAAGGUUGGUGAGACAGGGGUAUUUCCGAGAUCAGGUCCCUGCCAAUUGCAAGAUCAACAAAGAUGAAAUAAGGAGGAGCAGGUCGAGGAGCCGGGAUCGAAAUCCUGGCCCUUCCAGAACGGAUAAGGCCCCCGCUAGCAGAAGCAGUGCACCAACGAAGGGGGUGACAUACACAAUUGUUGGAGGGUCCAGCGCAGGAGAUUCACAAAGAACGAGAAAGAGAUGUGCCCGAACAUUGGGGUUGAGCAGAGAAGGGGAGUUUGUAUUGAAAGUAGAAGAAGAAGAAGCCAUCUCCUUUGACAGUUCAGAUAGACCAGCGGAUAGUGGAGACAUGAACGAUCCGAUGGUCAUCAAGCUCGACAUAGUGAAUUUUACUGUUCACAAAGUACUGGUUGAUAGCGGGAGCUCUGCGGAUAUCAUUUUCAAGAGUAUGGUCGAUAAGAUGGGUCUAGAGAAUGCCCGUUUGGAACCUGUGAAGACUCCUCUGGUCGGUUUUGGAGGGAGUGAGGUAGCUUCGCUCGAAAUGAUCGAGCUGUCGGUGUCCAUGGGUGAAGAGCCGAAAUGA